AUGACAACUUGUAUUCCUUUGUUUGAUAUUAAUGUAUUGGAUAUCGGACAGCAACAAAAAUUUCAUACUGUUUAUAAUGAAUUAAAAUCACAUCAUGCAUCCUAUCUCCAAGAUAAACUUAAUUUACAGCUGAAGAAUAAGUUAGCUAUUGACGAAGAAGAAAACGAAUGGCGUUAUCAAUUGCACCGAUAUCUUCGUGCUAGAAAAUGGAAUAUAAAUCAUACCGUUAAAUCUAUUCGCGAAAUGAUACAAUGGCGAAUAGACAAUCGUGUUGACUUGAUUCUGGAACAUCAACCCACAAUACUUCGAAUGGAUCUCCUUCGAAGAAUGUUGCCGAACGCUAUUCAUGGCAGUACAAAAGCUCAUCGACCGUUGUAUAUCGAAAAAACAGGUCGAAUGCAUGUAGACGAGGUAUUGAAUCAAUUUACGUCAGAAGAACUGAUCCAAUGUCAUGUCUAUUGGCUUGAAUUCAUGUGUCAGUUAGCAAGAGAACGUAGUCGACAAUUGGGCAAACAUAUAGAAACUUUUGCUAUAAUUUAUGAUUUACACGGCUGUAAAUUGGAGAUAAGAAAAACAUUUCAUAUAUUAAAACAAAUCCUUUACAUUGAGGACAACUAUUAUCCUGAACGUCUAGGACAGAUGUUUGUUAUGAAUCCACCAAGAAUUUUUCCUGUUCUUUGGGAUUUAGCAAAACAUUGGAUUGAUCCCGUAACAAAAACAAAAAUUAUGGUCCUUAAGAAAGGUCCUG